AGAGUUUUUAUUCACAAGAAUCGCGUUCUUAUUUUCAUUCCCUUGGUGUAUGGAGAUUUGAAAAAUAAUAAUAAUGACGAAAAAUAUGGUCCUCGUCGCCCUUUUAGCGCAGCUUUUCUGCCAACUCGGGUUUUCGUACGAUGACGAAGAACCCACGAUUCCACCGGACGACGGACAGGAUAACGCGAUGCCGCUCAUGUGCUAUUCUGGAAUGUUCGAUUUCCAGAAAGGAACAUUUUGCCUCAUCCGAAAGCUUUGUCCAAAUUUGCCCAGGGACAACAGCGCAAUCACUCCUGCUUGCUCUCUGUCCUUCAUUACCAGCAUUCCGAAACAGCCGCCCGUGGAAACGAGACCAGUGGUGAGACAGUUGGUUGUGUGGGAGUGCAGUCAAAAGAAGAACAGAGUGCUUUACGCAGAAUAUCAAUUGGAAAACUCUGGGAAAUCCAUCGCUGGCGUGGAUUUCGCCAGACUAACAUCUUACUGCUACACGAGUCUAUGCAACAACAAGGCCUUCAACGUGACAUUCGACGGCCAGCUCGCGAUCCCCCGUUGAUCCCCGCCCGCAGGAUGAAUGAGGAACCCUCCCAGCAUGGGUGCUGGGGGUGGAUUGGAUCCAACACUCGUCUUCAUCUUCAUCCAUCUUCCCCGGCUUUUGUUUUUAAAAUAUGCUUUAGACGUCAACAACAAUAACGCGAGGCAUUGUUCUCGAUUCCAGUUCGUGUGUUUGGAAGUCUCUCUCGGGAUAAAAUACGAGUGGACUUUCCAGUUUUUAAUCCAGGAGAAUCACGCACAUGUUCCUGCUUUCUCUUCUCAAUGUCACGUUUCAUUCCCUCGCUUUCACUUCCGAAGGGUUGCCUCCAGUGAGAAGAAUAAGUUACUUGUGAAUUUUUUUUAAUUUUUUUAUUUCCUCUAUAGCCAGG